AUGACACUUUCAACCCCAGUCGAGUUCACGGUGUUGAUUGACUCUAAAAUGUUUGUCACCGUGUCGUCAAAUGGGUUGGCAUUGGCAUUCAAUGGAGAAGUCUUAGAAAGUAACUGUGAAUUUAACAUGCAGUUUUGGCCUUUUGAUAAACAAAUAUGUGAUGUCUGCUUUGUUCCUAUGGGUUAUCACCCCGAUGAGGUGCAGUCAAAUAUUCCAGAUCCGGGGAUAACUCUUUUUAAGACCGGAAAUGCUGAGUGGAUCAUUGAAAAGACUAGUUAUUUCAUUACCAAUCGAUACAGUCUGUCCGAGCCAUGUUUCCGGUUCUAUCUUAGACGAAAAUCUACUUUCUACAUGUUAACUAUCAUCGUUCCUAUCGCGGGGAUGAUCAUCACGAGUUCCCUCGUGUUUUUGCUACCAAACGAGUCAGGCGAACGAAUCAGUUAUUCGAUUACCAUCAUGCUAGCUCUGGCCGUGUUUCAAACAGUCGUCGCUGAUGAAAUGCCGAAAACUUCUGAACCAACUGCCGUCAUAUGCGUAUUUUUACUGAUGGGCAUGAUCGUUAGCAUGUUAUCCAUGGUGAUAGUAAUUCUGAAUAUGAGACUUCACCAAAAGAGCGACACGUCGCGCUUGGGCUCAUGGUAUACUCUUUUUGUAAAGAUCAUGGCACGUCAAGGCUGUAAGGGUCAUUGUAGGAACAACCGUGUAGAAGACGAUGUUAAUGAAGACAACACGAUGGCAGCAAACAAUGCAUUUGCAACGGAAAAGAUGGGAAAAUCCCGAAAGUUUAUCGAUUCAAAAGCUGACAAAAAUGGUUUGGUGUUUGUAGAACCUAUUGACAAUAAUGUAGAUAAUGAAAACAAUUUUGAAACUGUUACUUGGAAAGAUGUUAGCCAUGCUGUGGACAAUAUGUGCUUCAUUGUCAUUGCUGUGUUUACAACAGUGGGAUCUAUCUGUUGCCUGAUAUACAUGGCAGAUUCAUCCACGUAUGUGAAGCCUUGA